UUCGAAAAAGAACGCGAAAGUCGCUGCGAGCCCAAAAGGCCCAGCCGGCGCGGCGGAUCGGUGGCGAGCCGUGGACGGAACCUCAGCUUUUAGCGGACGACCCACGAACGCACGCUCGGAAUCAGGGCGCGUCUCCCCUCCGUGGACGAAGCAACCUCUUGCGGGCUAUCGCUAAAUUCGAAGGAGAGGAAGACCCAGAAGCGAAUUCCGCGAGCGAUCACUUAAUUCGAAGGGAAAAUGGCGUGUAUGCACGACCACAGCUGCGAAGACCACGACUGUUCCUCCAAUUGGUCCCUCUACAAGCACAUCGACCUCUCCAAGGUAUCGGCACUAAAUGAGGCUGUUCCAGGAAGCGUGAAGUCAGUGUUUAAAGCUUGGGAGCAUCGCUUGAAUUCUUCUGAGGGCUACUUGGAAAGCAAUGAUGGUGAUCCUGAGUUACUUGUUUUCAUUCCAUUUACUUCGGAUGUCAAGAUCAAGAGUAUUUCAAUUGUGGGUGGUGCAGAUGGAUCAAGUCCAUCAAAGAUGAGGGCGUUUAUCAAUAGAGAGGGCAUUGACUUUUCAGAUGCCCAGAGUAUGCAAGCUGUCCAGGAAUGGGAUUUGGCUGAAAACACGCAAGGAAUGCUGGAAUAUCAGACUCGGUACUCAAAAUUUCAAAGUGUGGGCAACAUUACGUUGCAUUUUCCUGACAACUUUGGGGGUGACACGAGCCAGAUACAUUACAUCGGCUUUAAAGGCGAAGCUACUCAGUUGAAGAGGGAUGUUGUUGCUACCAUCGUAUAUGAAUUGAUGCCGAAUCCUUCUGAUCAUAAGACGAAGGCUGAAGGUGGUGGCGGUUUUUCACAUGUGGAAUGAUAUACAGAGACAAAGUACUAACUGCAUUUGAAUUUCCCUAAUGAUGGUUGGAUCACAUGUAAAUUAUUAUGAUGAUCCCAGUCUCUCCUGAAUUGACAUGGAUUAUAUAUGUCAUGAUAAAACCAUUUGUUCUGAAUUCUUCUCUUUCUGUAAGCAUCUUUUUCCCCUUCGGAUGGUUUUAAGUAUAUAUGCUUGGUUUUCUUGGAUGCUUUACAA